AUGUCGAGCGGCGGCGGCGGCGGCGGCGGCGUCAAGCGAGACUCGGACGGCAAGGCCCGCGCGCCCAAUGCCCCCUCCGGCAGAUUCCACGACAUGUUUGCCCACUUUCGCGACGAGCUGGACGAGCAUCACGACCGGCGCGAGAGGAUAGUCAAGGCCAGCAGGGACGUGACGGCGCAGAGCAAGAAGAUCAUCUUUACAUUGCAAAGAGUCAAGACGCUCAACCAAGACUUCUCGUCGAGCACGGAAAAAGACGUGUCGUCACGCAUGGCCGAAAUCACAAAGCUGCUCCAGUCCGUCGCCCCCGACCUGCAGUCCGUAAACCGCCACCGCUACGCCUGGCCGCUGCGCUGCCUCGAGGAGCUCGUCGAGGCCCUCUCCAUGGCCCACUACCUGCGCCAUCAGCGCCUCAUCACCCCCUCCGAGGCCCAGGCCGCCGUGCCCGCCGACAUUGCCCUCACGCCGCACGACUACAUGUACGGCAUCUUCGACCUGUUUGGCGAGCUCAUGCGAUUCGCCACGGUCCAGCGCGCCGCCGUGCUGCCCCGCGCUUCGGCCGUCGCCGCGGCGGCCGCAGGGGGGGGAUCCGACGACGCCAAGAGGCCCAUCCUGCGUGACAUGCAGGAGCUGGGCUGCGCCUUUGAGAUGCUGCCCCACGUGCCCUCCAAGGAGUACCGGAGCAAGAUGGAGGUGAUGAGACAGAGCGUGCGCAAGGUCGAGGCUCUGGGCUACGGGCUCGUCGUCAGAGGCAGCGAGCGGCCCCAGGGAUGGGUGCCGGACAUGAAGGACGAGGCGCCGGGUCGGGUGUCUCCUGUCUGA